AUGGAUACAAUGAGCUCAAAUCAGGACGCAAGCUCGAAUCCUACUUCCAAAAAGCCCAGAAGUGAGCAAUACCCAGGCAAACGACCACCCAAGAACAUGAAUCCACUCCAAAAAGGAAUCCACGACUACUUGACAACCCAUGUAUCCCCGUCCGUACUAUCAGGCUACGGCAUUUCCCUAGAGGCGUUACUACCCACGCUACCUAAACGAUAUACUAUCUACGAGCCCAUGUUGCUUUUACCUGUCAAUGCGCUGAACACGCCCCCAGCCUGGAGCGCAUUUUACCAAUCGCUCAGCGACGAGGAAAGACAGGUCCUGUACGCAUCGAUAGCGAAAGCAUUCAGUCGUCUGGGGGUGACGCACGUCGCGAUCAACGCGCCGAUUGCGUUAACAGAUGUGCAAGGACACGAGAAUAAGAUGAGAAGUCCCGUGGGCUUGGUUCCUCUUUACGGAGACUUCGGGGCUCUCCCCUCAGGGAACGACGAGACGGGACAGCCCAGUGAGGAUGAUCUACGACAGGCAUUCUGGGUGCGGACGGUGCAGAACCAUGGGAUCGUUCAGAUCUGGGCGCCGCUUUACACGAUGUUCUCUCGAGGGAAUAUCACGGAGAAGGCUCGGAUAUUGGGCCAUGGAGCAGCGUUUGAGGGUCUCGAUGCGAGCUCGUUGAGAGAUGAUGCCAUUGGAGAUAUAAGUGUGGUGGAUAUGUAUGCGGGCAUUGGGUAUUUCGUUUUCUCGUAUCUGAAACGAGGAGUCAAGCGGGUGUGGGGAUGGGAGAUUAAUGGGUGGUCGGUAGAAGGCCUGCGAAGGGGUUGCAUCGAGAAUGGAUGGGGAUGCAAGGUAGUGCGAGUUCAAGAGGAUGGACAUGUGAGCGAACCCAUCCCCGACUUGGUUGAGAAUCUUCGGGACUCGGAUAAAGUGGUCAUCUUUUAUGGUGAUAACAAGUUCGCGGCUGAGAUUCUGAUGAGAACUAAAGAGCUCUUGAGUGCUCGACAGUCUUGGAACAGCAUUCGACAUGUGAAUCUCGGUCUCCUCCCCUCGUCGUCUGCGGCUUGGAGAAACGCCUGCAAAAUGAUUGACUGUCGGAAAGAUGGCUGGGUCCAUGUACACGAGAACGUGGAUAUCCAGCAAAUCGAAGAGAAAAGCCAAGAGAUUAGCAGGGAGCUGGGGAUGUUGCGAGCGCAGGUGCUUGAUAUCCCCGAGGUAGCUGUGGAAUGCCGACAUGUCGAACAAGUCAAGACCUAUGCACCGGGAGUCAUGCAUUGUGUCUUUGACAUGCGGUUGCCAUCCUCCGAACCUAACUUGCAAAGAUCAGUAUGA